UAAGUAUGUUUGUGGCAUCUAAACAAUGUGCAUACCUGCAUUGUCAGCUUUGAUUUUAGUUUUCGUUUCAUAAGAAAUGAAUCACAGAAAUGCUACCUUAGUUUCAUUCUUCCCUCCUUCAACUGCAUCAUAGCUUCCCUGUUUAUAAGGCUGGGCAGUAAGAGCAGUCAGUGACUGUUUAGUGCAAGAGACCCAGAAGAACAAGCAGAGCAGCUUCUUCACAAGCAGGAAUAAUAGAGACAAGCAAUGAGUGAGUCACAGCCUACACUGAUGUGCCGUUUAGAAGAGCUGAAAUGCCACUUUACAUGGGGGCUACAGGAGAAGGAUGCUGAUAUUGAAGAACUAGAAGAAAGACUUAACUGUCAACUAGAAUAUUUGAAUGUGGAUGCUAAAGGGAGAGUGUAUAAUAUGCUGGCCUAUGUAAACCACAUGAAGAAUGAUUAUACAGAGGCUAUUGUGAAUCUCCAAAAAGCUGAGGGUAUUCUUUGGGAAUAUAAAGUAUUGGAGACCGACGUGAAAUAUCUGCUGACCUUCUCCAACUAUGCAUGGCUCCAUUACUACCUAAAUGAUAGUGAAAGCUCCCAGCUCUAUAUUGACAAGAUUAAUGCUAUUUAUACACAGUCAAAAGGGCUUGAAGAUCUUGUGCAAUCUGAGACCAAUGGAGAACAAGGGUGGGCUCUGGUGAAUUUUUGUGGCCAAUACUAUGAGAGAGCAAAAGACUGUUUUGAAGAAGCCGUGAAAGGGAAUCCGGAUGAUCCUGAAUGGAAUACUGGACUGGCCACUGUAGUUUAUCGGCUGGAGGAAUUCCGAGGCAGAAACUGUCCUGCUUUCAAAAGUGUCUCAUUCCAGCUAUUGGAACGGGCAGUUAAGCUGAAUCCAAAGGACUCUGUGAUUAAGGUACUUUUGGCUUUGAAACUACAGGAGUUAAAGAGACAAGAAGAGGCAAUGAAGCAUAUUAUGGAUGCCCUAGAAUUAACACCAGAUCUUCCAUAUGUGCUUCGCUAUGUUGCCAAAUUUUACAGGCGAGCUGGGAAGUUUGAGGAAGCCAUCAGAGUCCUGACGAAGGCUUUAAGCAUGACUCCUAACUCUGGCUUUCUCCAUCAUCAGCUGGGGCUGUGCUACAGACAAAUGAUCAUACAAAGGAAGGGAACAGGAAAUGGGAAUUGCAGAGGUCAAGACACACAAGAAAUAAAGGAUCUAACUGAAAAGGCCAUAUUUCACUUUGAAAAGGUGGUGGAAUUGAAAAAGACAUUUCUGCAUGCACAUUUUGAUUUAGCAGAUAUGUACGUCAGAUCCAAUCAAUAUCAGAAAGCAGAGGAAACCUAUAAAAAGGCCACAGAGCUAACAACCACUACUAAAUAUGAGAAACAAAUAACACAUUUAAAUUAUGGAAAAUUUCUGGAAACAUGGAAGAAAUCUGAAGGCGAAGCUGUAGAACAGUACAAGGAAGGGCUGCGGAUUCCUGACCAGAAUGAAUACAGACAACAGUGUGAGAUGUCUCUGAGAAGGAUAGCCAAUCAGAGGUUAGCGAGAAACCCUAGUGAUGCCUCAGGGAUUGCUUGGCUUGGCAUGAUCAGUAAGGAAAACCAGGACUAAUUAAAUGCAAUGAAAUGGUUUCAAAAAGCUUUAAAUAAUGAUGCAUCCUAUGAUGAAUAUCUGAGAUUUUUUUUUAUCUGAAGCUGAAGAAAAUCAUUUGAAAUGACCUGCAUUGUUACACGUUGCUAUAUACUGUAAACAUUACUCAGCCAAACCUGGUCUGGAAACCACUUUUCCUAUUAAUAUUUCUGAGGUGGUCUAUAUUUUGCAGUUUAAAAUGUAACAUUAUGGCUCAAAUAAUUAAGUUAUGUUCUUUACAUGAGCUAUCUGUUUACUUUAUUGCUUAUACUACAAUAAGAAAUGUAAGUAGGAUAGGAUCUGCUAUACAGAAUUCACAGGAUAUUGAGUUUUCCCAAUGAGGGUUUCUUUUAUAAUUUCAAUCACCAUACCUUAAGUCUACUAAACACAUUUAAACUUUAAAUAAACCCAACAGGAAUUGUUUGCUAUCAAUAUGGUUAUAUGCAGAUAAAGUUACCAUCAAGUACAAGCUGCUGUUUGAUUAUCACUAAUAAAUUAAUCAAUAAUUAAUUUGAUUAUCACAAAUAAAUAGCAAAUCAUUUUUAAAAAUGUAAUUAUUUGCUUAAGUAGACUCUAUGGAAGAUGGCCUUCUCAUAAUUUUAAGCUUUCUGGAUAUUGGAUUUCUUAGUAAUAGAGUAAUUUGUUCAGAAUUAUAUUGCAAAGUGCAACUGAAAAAAAGAUCAGUACAACACCCUGAGAAACCGUUUAGGGCAGGCAAGGGAUCUCUUAUAAACUGUAUUAAUGUUGAUUGCCAGAUUAAUUUCAUCCAUACCUGGGGAUUAAUGAUGUGUGGGCUUACCCGCAACCUGCAAGACGCACAAGUUCACCCUUAGGUUAGGUGAGUUAGGGUUGAAAUUUGGGCGACCAUUGUUGGUUCGGGUUAGGUACUGGUCAGAAUGGUGAAGUAUAGUUUUUCUCUGCUCAGAGUGUAGAAAGGGGCAGAAAGACCAAUCAGAUCUUUGCUUUUGUUUUUCUAAGCUGUAGGUGACCAUUAAAAUCUAGCUGCAUAUUGGUUGCAAUGGUCAACAGCAGCGGUGAUGUUGGCUCACACACUAUAAUAAAUAUGCCCCUUAGUGUACAGAGUGGAAAGACGUGGGUACAGGUUGGAUGCGGGUCCUCCAAUAGCAACAUUUUGCGGGUUGAGUUUUUCCUGACCCGCACAUCACUACUGGGGAUAAUAAAGGUGGAAAAUUGGCAGCCCAGCCUCCAGUAACUCUCCUGUAUAUAGUCACGGAAUUAGAGUGCCAGUCAUGCUUCAAGAUCUGCCCUCCCACUGCUGCCAAUAGGGCAGGAAAACCAGUUGCUAUAUAUUAUUAUUUAUAAAGCACCAACAUAUUCCGCAGCGCUGUACAAUAAGUGGGUUUCAUACAUUGGAAUAUAUUGCACAUAAUGACACUGCACAGAGCAAGCAGCACUCCCACACAGAGAAAUAUAACGGUUAAAGUUUAAGAAAUUGAUCAGAUACACUAUUUUGGUGAAGUGUUUGUUUCUUUAUUUAUUAAGUUGU